UUCCGCGGGCACCCAACCAUGCGUCCCCUGCGUGCUGACGUCAGGCGCGUGCCCCUGUCCGGCAGCCGAGGAGGCCCCGCGCAGUGCUGCCAACGCCCCGGCGGAGAAGCUGAGGUCAACAUCUAAUUUGAAAUAUUAAAAGUGGAUACAAAACUAUUUCCGAAAUGCAGACAAUUAAGUGUGUUGUUGUUGGUGAUGGUGCUGUUGGUAAAACAUGUCUCCUGAUAUCCUACACAACAAACAAAUUUCCAUCGGAAUAUGUACCAACUGUUUUUGACAAUUAUGCAGUCACAGUUAUGAUUGGUGGAGAGCCAUACACUCUUGGACUUUUUGAUACUGCAGGGCAAGAGGAUUAUGACAGACUACGACCUCUAAGUUAUCCACAGACAGAUGUUUUUCUAGUAUGUUUCUCAGUGGUCUCUCCAUCCUCAUUUGAAAAUGUGAAAGAAAAGUGGGUGCCUGAGAUAACUCACCACUGUCCAAAGACUCCUUUCUUGCUUGUUGGGACCCAAAUUGAUCUCAGAGAUGACCCCUCUACUAUUGAGAAACUUGCCAAGAACAAACAGAAGCCUAUCACUCCAGAGACUGCUGAAAAGCUGGCGCGGGAUCUGAAGGCUGUCAAGUAUGUGGAGUGCUCCGCUCUCACACAGAGAGGUCUGAAGAAUGUGUUUGAUGAGGCUAUCCUAGCUGCCCUCGAGCCUCCGGAAACUCAACCCAAAAGGAAGUGCUGUAUAUUCUAAACCGUUUUCUCCUUCCCCUCUUUGCUGCUGCUUCCUGUCCCACUACUGUAGAAAGAUCAUUUAAAACAAAGGAAUAAAACCGUCCUGUUUGAAAGCCUCUGCGUCUUCUUACUCAACACUUUAGAGCAAACUCUGUAUUCAUUUUUGAUCAUGAAUGCAAUUAGAAUAUUUUUUGUGAUCAGUAGUCACGUUAGACUUGUUUAACUUUCUGCUGCUUGAGUUGCCUGAUGCUCAGAGCUUUUGGUUUGAAUUAUUGCAAAAGGGAAUGUGGUCUGGCAUUAAGAAUGAUGUCUUCUUGGAGAAAAUAAGAGUUUUAACGCUUCUAGAUGUUAGUUCUAGAUGGAGAAAGUAUCGCUAAACAUCAUUUUACUCUUACUGAUUGUUAAUUGUAAUUGCAUGACAAACUAUGAAAAGGGUUGACUUGCUAGUAGAGUGUAAUGGGGAAGGGAGGAUUCUCAUGGUUUUCCUGUGUGCAGUGAAACUUUUGUGUUGCUCUUGCUUUGGCUGUUUGUGCUGUAGGUGGAGUGUUUGUCAUUCUGGGAUGGGGAAGGUAUCCAUGUAUCUGCUUACUGCUUUAUGAGUUCAUUGUUACACAUUAUCUCCUAAUCCUAGCAUUCAUUUAACUUAAGGUUUGCUGAUAUUGAAAUGUAAAGCUACUGCCUUUAUAUUUUCCUGCUUUUGAUUCUAUUGUUGUGAGGGAAACAUACAGUUGUGGUUAUCUUUACAUUUUGAAAUUAAAAAUAUACAAUUGUUUGUAUAAA